CAGUUUUCAGCGAUACGCGUAAAUAAAUGCCGCGAGUCAGAGACAUCAGGCUCGGCCCGGAGUCGAGUCACGAAGCCGGUUUUUAUCGGCUGACUUCCCUUCAUCGAGCCAGUCACAAAUAGUCCGUAGCUCCGUUCGGAGCACAUGUUUGCUUAUUUUUGCGCCUUCGGUGCAAAGAGCCGCCAGCGAAAAGUUUUCCGAGGAUGUGUUUCGCCAGAGGACCCAUCGCCAUUCUUGAAUGAAUAAACGCGUUGAGAAAGUGUGUCGUAAUUUUCGUCGUUCGUUGGAGAACGUUGUUUAGUUCUCGUUCGGAGAACGACGUGUUUUCAAACGCUGGCAAUGAACCAAGUGGAAAUGCAACAAUGUAAUCGUUUAACGCGUUAACGUCAUGAUGAUCGAAGCAAUGCGACGAGAAAUGAGGAACUACAUUUUGUUCGAAGGGAAUUUUUGCAGUCUGUCAUCGGCUUCAAGGCAAGUCGAUAGAAACAAAGGAUCCCUCACGACGUGCGCUUGCCAUUCCUACAGGAACCGUGACGUGCAAAUGGAAGUGGAAUGCCGAUGAUGAUCGACAAGAUGUCGCGGGAUGAAGCUGAUAAAGGUUGGGCGUGGAUAAUCGUCGCCAGCGUGACAAUCAUUAACCUGGCGAUACUACCGAUACAACAAAGCUUCGGUCUGAUCUUUAGAGAACGUUUCUUUUCACUCGAUAUCACCGCCACACAGACAUCGCUAAUUGUUCAUUUAAAUGGCACAAUCACGAGCAGCCUUGGUCUGAUAAGCGGUCCAAUGAUGAAGAGGUUUACGUUCCGAAGGGUCGCUUUUCUUGGCGGUGUCAUCGUUGCCAUUGGAAUCUGUGCGGUUGCGUUCGCGGUUUCACUGCCCUCCAUCAUUAUCACUUAUUGCUUUAUCGUCGGUAUCGGUCAUGGCAUCAUGUUUCCAGCGACGAAUCUGGCAAUGAACACGUACUUUCGGAAGAAACGUAACGUGGCUAUGGGGUUGUCGGUAACUUUGACCGGCCUUGGACCUAUUUUGAUGCCGCUUUUAGUAGCGAAACUAUUGGAAAUUUACGCUACCACUGGGACUCUUUUGAUCAUCGCGGGCAUAGCAAUGCACUCAUUGAUCGGUGCAGCGUUACUGAAACCAUUUCGGAAAAAAGAAAUUACAAGUAUAACAAAGGACAAUGACAUCACGGCCUCUUCCGCAGAGUGCAACGACAAAAUUCUAGCGAACGAAACCGGAAAUGUGACUGACGUUGGUGCCAGUUGUCGACUAUUGGAAGAAACAUCGGGACGAAAGACGAGUAAUGCCGAGGAGCAUUUGUCGGGAAAUGUAAUUAACGAGAGUACGAAAGAAGAGAAGAAGUCGAUUUUGAGAAAGAUAACGGAGCAUAUGGAUCUUGCUCUUUUAAAGGAUGGUCGUUAUGUCGCUGUUAUCCUAGGUAUGGGUGUGUCUUUAGUCGCCGAAACAAACUUUAACAUGAUGAUCCCUUUCGUGCUAACCGAACUUGCCGGUCUUGAAAGGGAUUCGAUCGCAACCGUAAUGUCGAUCCAAGCUAUCUCAGACAUCACCGGACGUCUUUGCGUUCCUCUUCUUGCCCACAAAGCUGGUUGGACAUCUAGGAACCUUUACGUGCUGUCUUUGAUUGGAUCCACCGUUGGAAGGACCAUAUUAUCAACGUGGGGCAGUACCUACAUGGUGGUAAUCGGCGUUGCGUUAAUUAUCGGAAUAGCUAAAGGAACGAAAGCUGUCUUCCAGACGUUAAUAAUUCCCGACUACGUACCUCUUGAAAGACUACCAGCUGCAUAUGGAAUGCAAAUGGUUUGCAAUGGUAUAUUAUCCAUUGUCAUAGGUCCGCUUAUAGGUUUCGCGCACGACCAAACGAUGAGCUACGUGGCUGCUCUUCAUUUCACGUCGGUAUUAAGCCUGUGUUGCGUCGUUUCGUGGUACAUUGGAGGACUGUGGACAUUUAAAAAGAGCAAAGAUAAUGGAAACGAUGAGAUAAUCGAACCGCGAGAAGACGCUCUUAGAUGCAACGCGUGAACGUUCACUGUACCCGCGUGUAUAAUAUAAUUGCAUCGACGAUAACAGACAAAAUUUUCAUCAAAAGGCAUUUAGUAUAGUCCAGUGCUGAUAAAGGGAAACACGUAUUUUUGAUAAUUAUAUUGUGAAAAUGUAAACGUUGUGAUUUCUAAGCACAAGAUAGAGCGUGCAAGUUGGAAUUAAAAAGAAUUUUACUCGCCUAUGCCCGGGGAAUUUAUAUUUAGUAAUAUGUAGUUUGUUAAACUAUUUCCGACUGAUCAUUGUAUACCGUUAAAUACUCCUUGAACGAUGAGAAACUUAAAUAAUUGAUAAUGUAUAUUUUGUAAAAUAUCGCUUUGCAAUAGCAUAUUACUGCCUUGUAAUUCAGCCACAUGAAAGACUAAUUGAUCAAUUUUAUUCGAGUCGAUCGUUCGAUUUCUGAGAAACUGAACAUCAUUCAGUAUAUGCAAAAAAUUUUUAUUUUUGCUCUUAAAAUUUGAUACUGAAAUUAAAGAAUUUAAAAAAAAAAUGGAAUUGAUCAAUUUGCCUUCUAGAUUAUACUAAUAACACAUUAUCGUGAAAUAUCCAUUUUAACGUAAAACUGUCAAGUUAUAGAGGACAUACAUAAGAAUCAAGUACAAUCUUAAAAAAAUACACCGUCGCAUUUCUUAAAUUUGUUAUUUCAUUUUCCUUCCAACCGAACUUCACCUUGUGAUCACCGUUUGAAAUAUCUCCUCUAAAUUUAGAUGUAAAAUUAAUAAUAGUUUGCUACACUUCAAAACGAAUGACAAAUUGUAACCAAAAAAUAUUUGUAAAUGUUGCCAAUUAAUGAAAGAAAGGAGAUAACAUAUAA